AACUUUAUUAAAAAAUUAUUUCUUUUGACGAAGUGGCAUGGUUGAUGCUUCGUUCUCCGUUAAUUUUUAGUUAAUUCUCAAUUUUUUGUGUAUUUCAUUAAUAAUUUCAAGGAUAUUUCAUCCAGUCUUAUUUUAAGGGUCGUGGUUUGCUUAAAGUUGCAACUGUGGAUAGAUUACAUAAAAUGAUGGAUGGCGGUGUGGUGCACCCCCACCCUGGCGUGGUCCACGGCGGAGUGCCGGGCGUGCCAGGCGUGGUGCACGGCAUGCCGGUGCACGGCGCGGGGCCGGAUGGCGAGCACCCGCCGCACGGACCGCGCCGCCGCUACCAGAACCGCACCAAGCCGCCCAACAACCUGGAACGCCUGCCACUGGACGAAGCUGCCAAGAGGGAAAUGGAGUCGUUGCCCAUGAAGACGCCAGUGUCGGUGCUGCAAGAGCUGCUGGCGCGGCGCGGCAACGUGCCCAAGUACGAGCUGGUGCAGAUCGAGGGCAUGAUCCAUGAGCCUACCUUCCGCUACCGAGUCACUGUUGCUGAUUUAGUGGCCAUGGGUACCGGCAGGUCGAAGAAGGAAGCCAAGCAUUCAGCUGCCAAAGCUCUGCUUGACAAGUUGACUGGAGCCACCCCAGCUGAUCAGUCUACUAAUGGAACUGUGCCAGAAACUGGCACAGUAGUGUCCUCCUUCGAAGACAAGCUGAUGGGCAACCCGGUGGGCUGGCUGCAGGAGCUGUGCAUGUCACGCUUCUGGCCACCGCCUUCCUACCACGCCGAGAACGAUGACAACGUGACUAGACGUCUGCCUCAUGAGCGUCAGUUCACGAUUGUAUGCACGCUCCUGAAACGCCGUGAAGUUGGUACGGGCAAGUCUAAGAAGCUGGCCAAGCGCCAGGCCGCUUACAAGAUGUGGCAGGCGUUGCAGGACAACCCACCAGAAUCUUUCCAGCCUGAUGAAGAGGGCGGCUUGGCGGCCCGCUACGCUGACCUGAAAGAUAGUAAAAUCUCCACACUCACCACCAGCCACAGCCACAAGGUGUCGCAGUUUCACAAACAUCUCAAACAGUCUGUCGGCCCCAACCUGGCCAAGUUGCAGGUCACUCCAUUGAACAACAAGGACUUCAACUUUGUUCAAUUCCUGCAAGAGAUUGCUUCGGAACAAUCGUUCGAAGUGACUUACGUGGAUAUUGAGGAGAAGUCCAUGACUGGACGUAGCCAGUGCUUGGUGCAACUGUCCACUCUGCCAGUGGCAGUGUGCUAUGGCUCAGGCCUCACAAGCAAGGACGCCCAGGCCUCGGCCGCCCAAAACGCGCUCGAAUACCUCAAAAUAAUGACAAAGAAGUGAAACGCCUCCAAAUCUCGCGACAUCAAUCGUUCACGCCUAGUGUCGACCUAUGCAAUGUGAAUUUUUAAGUGUAAAAAAAAUAAAUGGCCACUUAUAGUUCUAAAAAAUUACUUUUCCAAUGAGGGUCGGACUACACUGUUUUGUUUUCAGCAACCUGUCAGUUCGUAGUAUGCAAUGCGAAAAUUGAAUAUUAUAAUAACAUUGUAAUAAAUUAUAUCAAUUUCUAUAUUUUAAUCCAUUACAUCCCAUACACAUGGAGCUAAGACAAUUUUUAAUUAAAUCAAAAGUAUUGUCAUGGCAGUGUGGAGAAUGAAGCAAAUGCACACUGUCUCCUAUUUGACAAUUUUGGUGAGGCAUACUAUAAUCAUUUCAGCAUUGAAACGGGGUAAAGCCAUACUUGUAUCUAACAAACCGAUACCAGUGUCCACAGCUGGACAUUGGUCUCUUGUAGAGACUUAAACAUAGCAGUCAUGCUGUAUGUAUGCAGUGGUUCCCUGCUACUUGUCUACCAAUGUUGCUUUUUCUGAUAGGAGGUUGCUAUUUCAGCACCUUGUAAAACUCGUGUAGUCCGGUUCUAAGGUUUCAGUCGACGGCGUAGAGUAUUCACGAUGGUCUGUGGUUGAUGUCGCCAGGUCUCGAGUCUGUACUAAUCUUAUUACCACUACCCAUUUGAGCGGCAAACUAUUGCCAAUGUGCUGCAGCACUUCGGGCUAUGCUGUCUAUCUGGCACAUUUGCAGUGUGCUUACUUGUGAUUUCUAAGGCUCUUCC